AACCAGCAGGGUGAAGAGAGAGCUGCGCAGCUCCGCCUGUAAGUGUGUGUGAGGAGAAGUUAGAAAGCUGCACAUUUAUGCGAUAAAGGCGUGAAAAGAAGAAGAAAAGGCCGUCAAUAGUGAGAGCAGCAGGUUUCACACACGCACACAGACCCGGACACACACAGAAACCCAUAAAUACAGCAGAGUUUGGUUCGGAGGCUGAAACACAAGCUGCUCCUGUCUCAAGUUUCUCUGCCAGGUGUGUUUGUGGGAGAAGCACUGGGAACAAUGGUGAAGAAUGUGAACAGCAUCAACGUGGAGCCCCAGCCUGGGACCAGCGUGGCCUCAGGCGAAGUCGAACCCGCCGACAGCCAAUCCACAGAGGGUUCUGGUAAGGACCACAUGGAGCCCGCCCCUGGCAUGAUGUGGCGGGUGACUGGAGGUCUCUUCAACGUCACCAAGGGAGUCGUGGGUGCGGCAGUGGGCGGGGUGGCCUGGGUGGGCGGCAAGAGCCUGGAGAUCACCAAGUCGGCCGUGACCACUGUGCCCUCGGUGGGGGUGGGGCUGGUGAAGGGCGGGGUGUCUGCCGUGGCCGGCGGCGUCUCUUCGGUGGGCUCGACGGUAGCCAACAAGGUCCCGUUCACGGCCAAGAGGAAAGACAAGGCCGAGUGAAGGAUGGUGAAGAUGAUGAUGAUUAAUGAUGAUGAUGGACUUGCCCCGCCCUGAGCCAACGGAGAGAGGCUGUCAGCUGAUCUCUCUCCUCUGCCAAUCGAACUCCACAGUGCCUUCUGAUGCCGGUCUCGGUCUUGAACCUGGUAGUCUUGUUACCAUAAAGAGAUCAAGGCUUUGAUGCAAACACUACAGUACCGAAAAAUUCAGUAGUACUAUGUUACCAUAACAACCCAGAAUUACAAGAUACUUUGAGUCACUGAAACGCUUCACACAAAGGUCCUCAUCUGACUCGGAGUGGGAUUUGUUUGGCCCCAGGCAGAUUACAUGGACCCGGAUCCACUUCAGCUCACGGUGGACGACGUCAUGAAUUAUCUGUUUACAAUCCAGACUGAUGCUGUUUCAGUCCUCUUUCUUCUCUUCUCUCUCUCCAAACUACACAUACGUGGUGAAAUGUUUCUGACAUAAGAUGCUGAUUUUUAGUCUUUUUGUUUGUUUGUUUGUUUUUUUGCAAAGGUAUUGAAGUACUAUUGAAAUCUGUGUGACCAGAACACAGAAAAAUUAAAUGUUUCAACAUUGGAAGGGAAGGAUCAGCCACAUUCUUCAGCCUGCAGCCUUCACUGUGUCUGACCUCCUUUUAUCUCUUGGAAGAGUUCGGGUCGGUGUUUUACCCUGCAGCCUUGGAUCUGCGUCACUCCUCCUAAAUGCAUGUCUGAAGCCUGUAGACACAAUCACAAGUACAACAAGGGCUCAGGCCUUUUUCCACAGCUAUAUUAUUGUUGAAAUGUUUUGUUUUCAGUAUGUGUGACAUGCUAAAAUGCUGCGUUGGACCUUGACAAGAUUAAGAUUUAAGCAAAAGACAUUCAGCAGCAUUUGAUUCACUGAUGGUUGUUUGAGAACAAAAGUGCCCGAUGUUGUCUGAACCGGUCAGUCAGUAAAGGUUGAACUGUGCCUUCAACACAAGGUGAACACUGUACUGUAGUGCAGGCAACAUUCGUGAACAUUUGUAUGUGAUUUCAGCAUUUCAAUGCAACGUUUGGAGUGAGUGGGAGCUGUUGCUGAUGGGACUAAACUAUUUGAAUGUCUUGUAUGUGUUUUUUGGAUAUAUCAAUAAAAUAGUUUGGAAGGUUACGAGUGACCUGUGGAGUUUUCUUGUGAAUAAACCAGAGUUGUCCUGCACUUCCUUCUUCACAAAACAUUUUUAAGCCUUUUAAAUCCUGCAUUGUUUGAUCCAUGUUUACUCCGACCCUGAUUCCAAAAAAGUUUGGACGCUUUG